AUGAAAACUCGAUCACGGAAAAGUUUCGCUACCAAGAGCGACAUUACUGACGCUGGAGGCCAUUCAUCCACGCAAAAGAAAGGGCCCAGCAUUCAAUGGGAUUGUGCUGACAUAGAUCACAUGGAAUUUGACGAAUCAGCAAGUACAUAUCACGUUUUUCUCAAAUGGCCAAAUGGCGAUGUAUCGGAACACCCGAGAGAGGAGAUUUACGAAAACUGUCCUCAACAGUGCAUUUUGACUCUCGAUUGGGCAAGCUUGGAUGAUAAGGUGGUGGGCAAGCCUCGUGGCAAGAUGCUUCGUGCUGCAGCCGUCGUUACCAUUGUUGGUCCGGCAAAACUGAGCGUUGGAAGCCGAUUUGCAUUCUCAAGACGACAGGAGCACCAUGGGCCUUUGUCGGCAGCGCCCGGUAUGAACCUGAGUAUCCUUGAGAAAUUUAAGGAUAUCUUCAGGUGCAAGGACUCUCCUGUCUUCAAAGGCCACCGGGUUGCCCUGGUUAUCCAAUACCUUGUGUCUCCUCCAGAGCCACGCAUGCGCCAGGAGUGA